AUGGCGGACGGAAUUCGUUGCAGCGAACUCAGACUCCUGACCAAGUUCGAUACAUACAUCAUCGCCGUCAAAAAUGAGACGAACUUCACCCGAGAUGCCUUGGAAGUGUGCAAGACUGAGAUAUGCCUCGCGAUUUGGGGCGAGACCAACCCUGACAUCUCAGGAAUAGGAGUAUCCAUCGGAUACGCAGUCGACCUCUGCCUCGGCUUCUGUUUCGCGAUCGCCACGCUGCUCAUCCAGCAAAGAAGGGGCCGGAAGUGGGAGUUCUUCCAGGUCGUCACCAAGAGAGGCUUCGAGGCCUUUUUCGAGUUCGCCGUGUACUUCGCCAUCGCCGUCGAACUGGCCACGAUAAUCAUGCUCGUCAACAAGGACUUUGGCGUGACGACUGCCGACUUCGGCGCCAACGAAGCCCAGAACGCGCUGGCUAUCGCGGUCGUCUGUGUUAUUCCGCUGGUGUAUCCCAUCGCGCUGCUGCCGGCGAGGAUGUUUCAUCCCGAGAGUGCGGUACAGCAUUCGUUUCACAGGAAACCGGGAGACGAUGCGAGGAGGCACGUCUUCCGCUUGAUUCUCUUCUGUCUUGUUGUCACGUUGUUCUUUUACCCCUUUUUGUCCCAAUGCAUUCACAACUGGGGACCUCUCCGAAUCGGCGAAGGCGGCGGCGGCGGCGGCGGAGGGGAGACACUGAUCACGGCGGCGGAGUGGGCUUUGGUCAAGGAUAUGUGUUUCGGGUCGAUUGACAGGUUCACGGACGUGGAGCACUGGCUACUGGCCGUCUGCGAAAUUAUCGCCUCGCUGUUGAUCUUCCUUUUCACGCUUUGGCAUGCGAUGGGCGUCGGUCUGAAGCGGUGGAGGGAUGCCGACGACUUCUCCGGGACAGAGAGAAAGACAACGGUCGCUUUAUCCAGGGCCCAGGAUGUUCUUCAGAGGGGAUGGCAUGGCCACCGGAUCAUGCUUCUCUUUCUGCCUGUUGUGCUGGGCAGCCCCAUCCUCUGGUGCAUCUUUCGGUUGCGGAGAAUCCAGGCUGAAGCGGCGGCGCACAUGGAUAACGAGUACCCCGGGGAUAACUGGGGAUUCGGCCAGAUUGUUGGCAUCAUCAUCUUCGCUCCUGUUGUGGCAGACAUGGCGUUCGCCGGGUGGAGUGCGCGGUCUCUGCUGGGUUUGGGCGAAUAUGAAGCCGUUGUCAACGGAGGGACUCCGUAG